AAAGAAACAGUAGGUUAUUAACUAACUAUUACAUGCCUUCUUUGCAUUUUUUCCGCUCAUUGUGUAAUAAACGACACAAUAAUCAGCUUUUUUCUUUUGGCAGGUUUACAAAACACUCCGUGAGUUCCCGCAAAGAGUUGACAAACCAGUUUUACUUUAAACCAGGAGACUUCUUACUCUGAAAAGACUGACUUACCUUUGCUCUAGAGUAUUGUAAGGAUAGAAGCAGCGACUGUAAACAAGAACCAGGCAUGGCUGGGAACCCGUUCCGGGCCACCCAAAUCUGGAGCAGCAUCAUCUCCUAUCUCCACACUCACGUGAAGGUCAAGAGGCGGCGCCACAACCUCAAGUCCUAUCACGACUGCUUCCUGGGCUCGGAGGCCGUGGACGCCGUGUUGGCUCACAUCACCUUCAACCGCUUCUUCGGCGACGAGGCGGUCCCUCGCCACAAGGCCGUCCGUCUGUGUCAGGCCCUGAUGGAGUCGAGGGUCUUUGAGCCGGUGGGCGUCAAAGUGUUCGGCAAGGAAAAGAAGCGGGCCACGUUCGAGGACAGCAGCUGUAGUUUGUACAGGUUCCUGAACCACACCGGCGCCUCGUCGCCGCUGGGCAACAUCAAGUCCACCUCCACUGGGACCAUAGAGAGCGGAUACGACUCUCCAGGCCUCUACAGGAACGAGAACAACUACAGUCCUUUAUGUGAAAGACAAGAGGUGCCCAGCUACUCCACUCACUCACCAGUCAGAAGAAGCAAAAUGGUGGAGGACAUGCUGAGAAAUCUCAACCUGGACACGACCAUCACCCCUCAGUUGAUCAACCAGGGCCUCUCCCAGAAGCUUGUCCAUGAGGUGUGGCGCCAGCAGGCCGUGUGCAGGCUCCUGCAGCUCAUCGAGCUCCCGCUGCUGGAGGACUUGCUGCAGGGAAAGGACGCAUCACGCUCUUCCUUGUACGCCUUGGACGGCAACUCGGACCUGAUGUUGACGUCCAGCUACUUGGACAGAGAAGUGCUUAAGGCCUUCAGCGAGGCGCAUGAAGAUGAGUGGAUGUCUGGGGCGGUGGACUGUCUGGAGUUUCUCCCUGAUGAACAAGUGGUCCAGGUCAGUCGAGGUUUGGCCGGCCGUGCCGGCGACCUAAUGCGGUGUAAGAGGCUGCUCUACGACGUGCUGGCUCAGCAUUACGCUCGAGCCGACCAGCCGCCUCUGCUUAGCAACCACGUGUUGGACAUCCAUUCGGGCAUCUCGGAGCUUCUAGUGAACGGUAAGUUGGAGCAAGCUUUGGAGGCCUUGCAGCUCAGCCUGAAGCUGCAGGACUCUCGCAGCAUGGAGGAGCUCCGACGGCUGCUGAGGUUCAUGGCUGUCGCCGCCAGAACGCAGGACAUCAAACUGCACAAAGAGAUCGAGAACCGCAUGGCAGUGAAGAGGUCGUUCUCCAGCGCCAUCGUCUACAGCAGGAGACUCUCCAAGGGCAAAGUGGACCUGAUGGUUCUGUUCAUGAUGGACAACCACUGCGACCUGUUCAAAGUUCCUGUUUCGUUACACAAGAUGGUGAGCGACAGAUUAAAGAACAUUGCCAAUGGCAAGGAAACCGAUGUCCUAACAGGACCCACAUAUUGCAGCAGGGAAGCUUACACUAAUGUAGAAAAAGACACCAACGAGGAACUACGCUCAUUACUGCAGACGAUCCACGAGAAUCCCAUCCUACCUCCCAAAGAAAAGCAACGCCUCCUUGGACAAUUUUACAAAGGCCACCCGGACAUUGUUGUGCAGUAUUUUGGCAAUAAGUUCUCCAGCAUGAACGUGGUGCUUCAUGACAAUCUGAUAUAAUGAUGUACAUUUUGAAGGUAUGGAUUGCCUUUCUGUAAAUAGUCUGAAGAAAUCCGGAUUAAACUGUGAUAUUUUAGGGCAUUUAAAAAAAAAAGUGAAAUAUUUAUGCAGGACACGGACAUAUGUUGUUCCUCCACAGGUGAUAUCAGUGCCUUUGCAAUGGUUAUGUUAUGUUAACAAUAAACAAUGUGAUGCAGACCAGCUGCGUCUGAGAAAACCUUCGGACGCCAAUUUGAAAGUCUGAUGUUGUGGUUUUGUAAACAGUCGGAGGGAGUCAUAAGAAUGUCCUCCCUGUGGGCAUCGGAACCCCAAUAGCUUAGUUUCAGCUCAGUCAUGUGGUCAGGGAUGUUGUUUAAGGCUCCAAGCAGGCAGGGGAUGGCUGCCUUGUUAGUAGGAGGCCACUAAAGUCUUCCCACGCUUGUUUGCAGGUUAAAAACAAAUAUAACUUGUAUUUAGUCCACCAGUCAGGACACAUACAAAUGGUUUCUGUACACAUUUUAUCACAUGCACAUUAGAUUUUAUGGCAAUACUGAGUUGUGGUGCAAAAACACAGGGGAAUCCUUUGCAAAUAUUGUCAAUGAGACUUAAUGACGUCAUUAUAGUUUGUAUGCAUUUAGUAAUACAACUGUUCCGAUACAACACCGAUAUUGGAGCCUUGAGUGUUGAUCCGAUACGAUACCAGCACAAAUCAAACAUGCUUUCAUCAUUUUGUAGUGUGGGAUGUGACAAAAGGUUUCAUCCAGUGGAAUUAGUCAAACAGAGAACAAUGGUAGAUGUAAAAACUCCCAAAUCUAUUUAUUAUUAACUGUCUGGGAUGGAUUGAUGUUCUCUUUAACGUGGAGUGGUAAUUGUUUCUUGGUGACACCUACUGGCCACAAUAAUCCAUUGAGAUAAGCGCAUGACGCGGUAAGUUGAAUGAUGCGGACACGUUUGUUACUGGAUACUUUCUUUUCUGCCUUGGAGACUGUACAGUGCAGGCCAAAAGUUUGGACACACCUUCUCAUUCACAACACAACUGAUGGUCCCAACCCCAUUGAUAAAACAAGACACACACUAAUCAACCCUGAUAAGGUGCACCUGUGACGUGAAAACCAUGUUAGUUGACUGCCUCUUGAAGCUCAUCGAGAGAAUGCCAAGAGUGUGCGAAAAAGUAAUCAGAGCAAAGGGUGGCUAUUUUGAAGAAACUAUAAAACAUGUUUUUAGUUAUUUCACCUAUUUUUUUGUCAAUACAUAACUCCAAAUGUGUUCAUUCAUAGUUUUGAUGCAUUCAGUGACAAUCUACAAUGUAAAUAGUCAUGAAAAUAAAGAUUGAAUGAGAAGAUUUGUCCAAACUUUUGGCCUGUACUGUAUAUGUA